AGAUGCCUACAGAGCUCGAAGAAUUGGUAGAAUUCAUAUCCCACGGCAACACCCAAGUGCGACAACUUGCGGUGGAAAACCUUGUCCCCUACUCGACAGCGCAGCCCUCGAUAUUUAAAACCAACCAGCUGCUACCCGUUAAAGAUUUGAAGCUCUUGGUGCGGGAUUAUACAAAAAUAGCGAAAGAUGCGCUCACAAUCCUCAUCAACCUCUCUACCGACCGAGAGGUACUGGAAUUCCUGGCCACGGAUAAGGAGUUUUUGAAGACGCUCCUGGGCCGAGUGACUAACCCCAAAGAGCCCAAUGCGAACGAAAUAUCUAUGCUCCUAGCCAACCUAGCCAAACACGAUGACAUAACAGAGAUCCUCAACCUCGAGAGACCAGCGCCGGCUGAGCUAAAAUCGAACAACAAGGGAAUAGACCAGCUGCUGGAUUUAUUCGUGAGAGGCGCGGAUGGAACGUACAACAAGGAUGCCGAUUUCGACUACCUAUCCUACCUCUUCGCAGAUCUCGCGAAGCACGAGGCAGGCCGUAAAUAUUUCCUCACCAAACAAGCCUACGACGACGUAGUGCCUCUAUCCAAACUGGUCGUUUUCACCGAACACAGCUCAACGAUCCGACGCAAAGGCGUCGCGAGCACGAUCAAGAACGCCGCGUUUGAAGUGUCCUCGCACCCGCAAUUCAUCGACGAGGAUGCGAUCAACAUCCUGCCCUAUUUACUGCUCCCGAUUAUGGGAAAUGAGGAAUAUGACGAAGAGGACUCGUUGGCCAUGCUUCCAGACCUGCAACUCCUCCCGGCGGAUAAGAAGCGCGAGCCGGAUAACGCCAUCAUCCAGACGCAUGUCGAGACGUUGAUGCUGCUGACCACGACGAGGGAGGCGCGGGAUCUCCUGAGAGAGAUCAAAGUCUAUCCCAUUAUAAGGGAGACGCAUCUGCAGGUUGAAGACGAGGGCGUGAGAGAGGCGUGCGAGAGGUUGGUGCAGGUUUUGAUGAGGGAUGAGGAGGGAGAGGAAGGGAAGGAGAAUGUAAGCGAGGGCAUGAAGGCGUUGGAGAGGGCGCCUGCGAAUGCUACUCAGAAUGGGAGCGUGCCGAAGCCGUUUGGUCGUCAGGCUGGGGGAGGAGCCGGGACUUGGGCGACUACGGAAAAAGAAGAGAAGAAAGAAGAGAGUGAAGAUGAAGAUGAAGAUGAUAAGGUGGUUGAGGUAUAAUGCAAUUGAAGGUUACCAAGUAAAAGCAAAAAUGUUGAUCUUCCUGAGUACUUUUUUGGCUCUACGACCGACUACGGAAAAGGAGCGAAUUCAUACAUUAGAAUAUCAUUUCGACUAUUGAUCAACAGCGC